ACAACGCAAGUCUGACAAUCGCAAACAGGUGAGUCUCUCAUAUUUCUGGAUUUGUCUUCGGAAACCGCGCCUGCGCGCCGCUCGCGGGCAACGAUGGAUCCAGUGGCGGGCGAAACCUUCUGGCAAGGAGCCAACUGGCCAUUCCUCGUGGCAGCGGCAGUUGCAGUGCCAGAGAUUGUGAAGUUUGUCGCGUCGCUCCUGCAGCGCUCCCGCAUCGGCAGCCCUGUACCAGAGGAGCUGAAAGGUAUCUAUGACGAGGAAGAGAACGACACGUCUUUGAGAUACAGCAUCGCCAAGAGCACCUUUGGCCUUUGGCACACCUUCUUCAGCGCUGGCGUCUUCUUCGGCUUCUGGCUCCUUGGAGGCUUCCCCUGCCUCGACGGAUUUUGCUGCGGCCUGGAGCUCUCAGAGGUCUCCACAGGCGUCGUGUACAUCACGCUGCUCAUGGGAUUGCAGCAGGCGCUGGACAUCCCAUGGGAUUUGUACUUCACCUUUGUCUUGGAGGAAAAGUUCGGCUUCAACAAGACGACGGCGGCGACCUUCGCCAAGGAUCGGGUGAAGGGCGUCCUGCUCUACCUGCUACUGGGGGUGCCGGUUCUGGCAGUGGUGCUUUGGUUUCUUGGCAGCUUCGGCACCGGCGCUUGGUUUUGGGUGUGGAGCUUCAUCACUGCCGUCCAGGUGAUCAUGCUGAUCCUGCUGCCGGUUUUGAUUCUGCCGCUCUUCAUGGAAAUGAUUCCCUUGCCGGACGGCCAAGCCAUCAUUCUGGAGGAUGUCGGAGCGGAUCAAGCACUUCCCCCAUUUUUGUCUGGCAGGGUUUUCUACGCUGACGAGCCUCUCCAAAACGAGAAAGCCUGGACCACGAGGGACAGACGCUUCGCAGGCGCCAAAGUCGGCGAGCAGCUGGUGCUGCGGCGCAAAGACGGGUCCUGGGUGAUUUGCUCCGCCCGUGGCGAAGACGUCCAGAUCUAUGCCACAGCGAACGGCGCAGGCUCCUUUGCCGAUGGAAAGCUCAGCUUCCAGAUCACAGAGGAAGCGAAGAAGUUGGUCGAAGCCAAGCAAGGCCAAGCAUCCAGUGACCCACUCGUGCCACGUGCUGCUACGACCGUGAAUGCAGCCUGCGUAGAAGCAGGAUCCCUUCGCCGGUCGCUCCUGGAGAUGGCAGACAGUUUGGGCUACAAGGGUGCCAGCAUCUUCGUCAUCGACGGGUCUGCCCGAAGCUCACACAGCAAUGCCUUCUGCACAGGAUUUGGCAGCUUCCGGCGCAUUUGCCUCUUUGAUACCUUGCUCCCAAUCAUGUCGGAGGGAGAGAUCCUGGCGGUGUUGGGGCAUGAGAUCGGCCAUGACCGGCUUUACCACGUCCACACGCGGUUGAUUUCUCAGAUCUUGUACUUGUUUGUGAUGCUGUAUGUGCUGGGCAACUUUCUUCUCUCACCAGCGCUGAGCGCCGCGUUCUUCGCGCAGCCCAAAGUGUAUCUCGGCGUGGUGUUCUUCAGCAUCAUUUGGGAGCCGGUGGACUUCCCGCUGUCGGUGCUCAUGCAGCUGCUGUCCCGGUCCCACGAGUACCAGGCCGACCGCUUCUCAGUGCGCGCCGGCCGCGAGAACAGCCGCUUGCUGGGCGAAGCCUUGAAGAAGCUCAUGAAGAAGAGCAAAGUCAACUUGACUCCGCACCCGUUCCACGUGUUUCUCAACAACUCCCAUCCUCCUUUGGACACUCGCUUACAAGCGAUUCGAGACUACCAUGAGAAGUACUACAGCUGUGCGGCAUGAAGGGUCUCCUGGAUGCGGGCAACCUACUGCACCUACGUGGCUUUCGACAAAUCCCUGCUACGGCGCUCAAAGUCAGCGACCCUCAGCUUCAGUGUAUGUGGAUUGUUUCGCGCCGCAGGCUUUCUGGACA